CGCGGGCAGAGUAAUCGAUUGAAUGAGGGGUGUUUUCCAUACCGGCUCAGAAGCCGUACUCGUACCGGGGGAAACCGACAUUGCGACUUCGGCUUGCAGUGCAUUCGCUGGCCAGCCAUGGAAUACUUGAAUGGCUCUGCGCUGCUCACAAUGGACCCUCACUAUACCCACGCAUCAUGGCUACCUUCCUUCUACGAUUAAGGCCUGUUGCCUCGAGGAAUGCCGUUUUGCGUCUCCGGCCCUCCACCCAAAUCCGCACAAAGACUACAGCCAAUGCCACAGUUCCAUUCCAGCUUCCUCCGGAGCGGAACGAGCCCAACCCAAACUACGAGAAGGGCUCGCCUGAACGGGCUGAGAUUGAGAAGGCCCUGAAGGAGCUUCAGAGUCAAAUCCCAGUCAAGUCCAACGUCUUUAUCAACGGUGUCGCACAGCAGUCAUCGAAGUCAUGGGACCAGGUACUACCCGCAGAGCACAAGACUAUCUUCACCAACAAUCCCUUGACCUCCAAGGAGCAAGUUUCCGCAGCCAUUGAUGCAGCCCUCAAGGCAAAGAAGUCAUGGCAAGACACCCCUUUCGUGGAUCGCGCUGCCAUCUUCAUCAAGGCUGCAGAGCUCGUCUCCAGGAAGUACCGCUACAAACUCAUUGCUGCGACAAUGCUUGGUCAGGGCAAAAACAUCUGGCAGGGCGAGGUCGAUGCCGCUGCCGAGUUGGCUGACUUCUUCCGUCUCAACACCAACUACGCUGCGGAACUUCUAGGCAGGCAACCCUACCGCGGUUCGGACGGAAUGUGGUCUCGUCUGGAUUACCGACCGCUUGAGGGUUUCGUCUACGCUGUAUCGCCCUUCAACUUCACCGCCAUCGGUGGCAACCUGAUCUCUGGACCUGCUAUUAUGGGCAACGUCGUGCUCUGGAAGCCGUCCCCCUCCAACGUCUACGCCAGUCAAAUUGUGUACGAGAUCCUCCUCGAGGCCGGUCUUCCUCCGGAUGUCAUUCAAUUCAUCCCUGGCGACCCAGAGGAGAUCAACGAUGUCAUCCUGAACCACCGCGACUUUGCUGGUCUCGGCUUCGUCGGCUCCUCGGAUGUUUUCCGUCAACUUCAAGCCAAGGUCGGCCAGGAAAUCGGCAAGCACACCUACCGCGAGUUCCCCCGUCUGGUUGGCGAGACCUCUGGCAAGAACUUCACCCUCAUCCACCCAACCGCCGACAUUCCUUCAGCCGUUAAGCACACCAUCCGUGGGUCUUUCGAGUACCAAGGCCAGAAGUGCUCCGCCACAUCCCGCCUGUACCUCCCUGAAUCGCGGUCAAAGGAAUUCCUCGACGCCUUCCUCGCAGACGUGAAGACCAUCACGCAGGGCAACCCGCACAAGGACCUCGCCGCUUUUAUGGGCCCCGUGAUCCACCGCAACUCGUUCGAGAAGAUCAAAGCCGUCAUCGACGAAAGCAACAAGGACUCUUCGCUGAAGCUGGUGGCCGGUGGAACCUACGACGAUUCGGAAGGCUUCUACGUCAAGCCGACCGUAUAUCUCGCGGAUUCGCCCGACCACAAGCUCUUCAACUACGAAAUCUUUGGCCCUGUGCUGGCGAUACAUGUCUACCCUGAUGCGCAGUGGCCGUCGAUCCUCGACAAGGUGGACCAGGCGGGUGGCGGAUUUGCGCUGACUGGUGCGGUAUUUGCCAAUUCGCGUGCGGCCAUACGUGAGGCGGAGGAUGCGCUGCGGUACUCGGCAGGAAACUUUUACAUCAACUGCAAGACCACGGCCGCACUCAUCGGCCAGCAGAGCUUCGGCGGCAGCAGGGCCUCGGGGACAAACGACAAGGCGGGCAGCCCCAACACGCUGCUCCGCUUCACGACGCCGCGCCUCAUCAAGGAGGAGUUCUUCCCGCAAACUGACUUCUGGUAUCCGUCUAACAAAUAGAAGUCUGCUUCUGGGGUAAGUAUCACGAGAAACGAUUACUUUAGACUUGAGCAUCGGGGGGAACGGGUGAUGCAUUUGAGGCGUACUUGGUUCUAUUAUUUCUGGUGUCGUUGCAGGUUGUCAUGUUUCGGAUGCUCCCGAGCUGGGUGCUGGCAUCUACGGUUCGAAACGGCCAAAAUUGAGACAAGCGUGUAGAUUAUGCAUCAUCAUUCAU